GAGCGAGUGAUUGAGAUCACUGAGUUUGGCUGUAACUGCAGAGUUCGGGUCUUAGUACAGUGCAAGGUCAGAAAGUGACAAAAGGUUUGAACAGUGGUACAAACAGCGCUUGCCGCUAAAUCCCCACCCAUAAGCAGACUCUAAGGUUAGCCUUUUGCUGAUUCCACUUGGAGCAGACUUCAAUCAGGGCAGCUCUUCCAUCGGGCCCGCUGUAAACAAACGCGUUUCGAGGUUGUUUGGUGUAACUUGUGCUCAAAGAGCUGCCGUUAGAAUUGGUAACACGACAGUUUGUGUUGCGGGAGAUGGAGAAAAGUAAAAGGAAGAGGUUCCUGUCUGAUUCUGAAUCUGGGGGGAAGGCAGCAGCAGAGGAUCAGGCAGAGAGCGGCACAUUGACUGCAGGUGACAGCAGGAAGAACGUGAACAGCAAUGAUGUCGCUGUUAAUCAAGCUCAUCCAGUGGAGCAUCAAGUUGAUCACACAGUUCAGUACGACGCACCUCAGCUGCUUGGCCACUGUUACGACCCUGACACCAGUGCACCAGUCAGCUUUUACAUCUCAUCACUUGAGGAACUGAAAUCGUGGCAGCCUUUUAUUCAAGAUGAGCAUUUCAACAAAGCAGUCAUCCCCCUCGCUCCACGACAGCCACCUAUGCAGUGUAAUCGACCAAGGACGCUGGUCUGUCAUGAUAUGGCUGGUGGCUACUUGAAUGACAGGUUCAUACAAGGCGUGCAUGAGGAGAAUCCUUUUGUUUUUUACCACUGGUUAUAUAUCGAUAUCUUUGUAUAUUUCAGUCACCAUAUGGUGACCAUCCCACCCGUCUGCUGGACCAACGCUGCACAUAAACACAGUGUCGCUAUUCUAGGAACAUUCAUCACAGAAUGGGAAGCUGGGGCUGCAAUCUGUGAGACUUUCUUGGAGAAUGAGGAGACAUUCCGUGCACUGGCUGAUAAACUAAUACUCAUUGCCCACUGCUUUCAGUUUGAUGGAUGGUUGGUUAAUAUCGAAAAUGAAUUGAGCCCUAAUGCAGUAAAGAAUGUGCCAGACUUUCUUAGUUACUUCCGUGCUAGGAUGCAGCAAGCUGUUCCCCAUAGUCUCAUUAUCUGGUAUGACAGUGUGCUGAAGACUGGACAUUUGCAAUGGCAGAAUGAACUGAAUAAGGACAACAAAGUAUUCUUUGACUCUUGUGAUGGCAUUUUCCUGAACUAUAACUGGAUGGAGGAACAUCUUCAGCAAAUGACAUCGAUGAUGGAAGGACGCCAGGCUGAUAUCUAUGUUGGAAUUGACGUGUUUGGUCGAGGAGAUGUCGUAGGGGGAGAGUUUACAACCAAUCGGUCUUUGGAACUCAUCCGCAAGUACAACUUCUCCGCAGCUAUAUUUGCUCCUGGCUGGGUCUACGAGACUUUGGGAAAGGAAAACUUCCAUCAAAACCAACACAAGUUCUGGAACUUGUUGACUGAAUACUUACCCAGUCAUAGCAUCUGCAGCUUGCCCUUUGCCACCUCUUUCUGUCAGGGCUUUGGAAUGAAUCUUUACAGGAAUGGAAAGGUGGAGGUUGCUGGAAGUUGGCUUAAUCUUAGUGCACAGGAAAUUCAGCCUCUGUUUGUGGAUCAGCAGCUGGAUCCGGCCAAUGGCUGUGUGAAGACCCAUGGGUGUUCAAAGGAUGCCUGGAAUGGAGGAUGCUGUCUUGUGGUUAAAGGGCUAAUCCCUGCCAGCAGAUCAAGUGUGUCUGUGAGGUUAUUUAGUUUGCAGGUCCAGAGUCCUCCCAAAGUCUUUGUUGCCUUUGUUUAUAAGGUUGAAGAUGACACCAAAGUUGUUGUGAGGCCAGAGCUAACAACCUGUCCCGUCUCACAGUGUGAUACAGAGGCACCGUCUACUGUGGAUGUGCUAAAACCGUUAUCACUUGCAGAAGAUAAUGCCCUUGUUCAAAACUUUAUUCAGAACAGUGCUCCAUGGGACCCUGAGGGAUGGACAACUUGCUUCUAUCUCUUAGAGCUGACAGAUUGCAUUCUUCAGGAUAUUUCUGUCAUCAUUACUCGUCUGCUGAAGGAUGAGCAGGAUGUACAGUUUCAAUGCAGAAUUGGAGAAAUCAAGAUACUGGACGCUGCGAAAUUGAGUGUGGAACAGAAGCCAGUUGAAAAUCUUACUGUCUUUGACAUUUUGUGGAAAAAGGUGCCUGGAGCUACAGAUCACUUGCAUCUGAGUGCCACGUUGCAGUGGACCUACCCUCCAAACACAGCAAGUUGCUUCAAGAUAUACUUUCGAGGACUAAGCUACCAUAAAAACCAAAAUGUUACAGACUCUGAGCCAAUAUAUAUUGGUCGAACAAAUGCAAACCUUUACCGUGUGGUGAAUUUGCAACUUCCCAGUGCUCCAGCUGGCGAGCCCUGUCGAGUGGAGUUUCUGAUUCAGCCACUGACUCAGGCAGGUUUUGCAUUACUUGAGUCGACGUGUGGAAGGUUAACUCUCAAUUACACUCAACCUCCUGAAAUCAGUAACACACAGUAGCUUUGCUGUCUGAAAAGAUAAUAAAUUCAAAGUUCUGUUGA